CGAAAAAAAAACAUGAUCUGCUGACUACCAAGAAAGCGACGCGAAUGCUCCUGACAGUUGAUAAUAGCUGUCCCUUCCCCAUUCUGUUCUUCCCUCGCUCCCAAGUGUGCAUUUCCCAACGCUUCCGAACAUAUUCUGUGAAUCCGUACCUUACCGUUGCAUCUGCUGCAUCCAGCACUCUUGAUCCCACCUCAUUCUUCUCCCGUCCACCGCCUUGCACGCAUCUACCAGCAACGGCAACGCACCCGCAAUCCGCCUCACCGGAGACGAAAAUCUAUCCACCAAAUAACUGGACCAACCCACCUACCUUAUCCAACCGAACUUGUCUCUUACGGAGCAUCUCCAGGUCUCCAACCACCACAAGCAAGGCACAGCAGACCCAGGCCUGGGCCUCUCUUACAGAUCAGCACCACAAGGCUCCUGCAGCAGGGGUAAUAUCGUUACUGUGUAGGAAACCGCCAAUCCGCUUGCUCGUCGUCUGGACCUGUUGCGUCACACGCUCCCGCCUUUCUCUCUCCCCCCCCAGCUUCCUCGCUCGUCAGUCAGGGACCGCUUCUCGAGGCCGUUUUUAAUCGAGCGCCAAUAUUCGAACGAGACUACUGGUUGCAUUCUGCAUCUUUUUGUCUGCGCGCCUACGGCAGAGAAGCGAUUCGGUCAUCCCCCUCUUUCUCCUUGUCACUUCAUCGUCUUCGACUAAGAGAGAAAAAAAAAAGUGCCCAGCAAGCGGCAGACGAUCCAAAAAGGGACCAAGACACAAGACCAAGACGGACGACGACACCUGACUGUGUGUCCUCCAACAACGCCAUCAACCCCAAAAAAGACCAUCACCGUUCC